AUGAAUAUGAAAUCAAAGUAUAGCAAGGUGAUAAAGACGCUGUCCAUUUGCCAGGAGGACAUUUGGAGUGCAUUGAAAAUGCUUGCUCCAUUGGAAAACAGCUUUCAUACAGAAACGGUUAAUGACGAGGAGGCAUGCAUAGUGCCUAAUGAAGCCAACUUUCAGCUGCCCAAUGUUUUCCUGCGAACUGCUCCGAACCCAGGAUACCAGAAGCUAGUUAAUUGCAGUGUAGAUGCAGUAGAGUGGAACAAAACAGUGGACGAAGUUGCAGAGAUGUUUGAGGAGAUGGAGAUUGUAUCUACUACCGAGGUAAUGGUGCAAAGAUGCCCUGUUGUGCAGGAUGUGCUGAAGAGGAUGAUGUGCGAAAGGUAUGGAUAUAGAUGA